GAUAAUUCUUCUUAAGUCAAAAGACCGAAUCCGCGUAGUGCAACCGCUACGUACAACGACUGAUCCUUUCCGGUAAUCGCGGGCAUUUCUGUGUGUUUCCCCAUCACCAAUCAAGUGGCGCAGUGAGAAGCUGCGUUGUUUGAAGCGUUACCUGAUAUUGCUAUGAUGCUCGCUUCCGCCGUACGCAAUUUGUCCCGUCGGUCGUUUUCGACCUCUAAGGCAGUCUCUGCCCAACAAUUGACCGUCCGCGAUGCCCUCAACGCAGCACUGGACGAGGAAAUGGAACGGGAUGAGAAAGUGUUCAUCCUCGGUGAAGAAGUAGCCCAGUAUGAUGGUGCGUACAAGGUUUCCCGAGGACUAUGGAAGAAAUACGGAGAUAAGCGAGUGAUCGAUACUCCCAUCACGGAGAUGGGUUUCGCCGGUAUUGCAGUUGGUGCGGCAAUGGCUGGAUUGCGUCCGGUGUGCGAAUUCAUGACAUUCAAUUUUUCGAUGCAGGCCAUCGAUCAGGUCAUCAACUCGGCCGCUAAAACUUUCUACAUGUCUGCCGGCACGGUUAACGUGCCGAUUGUGUUCCGAGGUCCAAAUGGAGCUGCAGCUGGUGUAGCGGCACAGCAUUCGCAAUGUUUUGGAGCCUGGUAUUCGCAUUGUCCCGGAUUGAAAGUUGUGUCCCCAUAUGACAGCGAAGAUGCGAAAGGACUAUUGAAGGCUGCCAUCCGCGAUCCAGAUCCGGUCGUUGUGUUGGAAAACGAAAUGCUGUACGGUGUUGGAUAUCCGGUGUCUGACCAAGUGUUAGACAAGAACUUUGUACUACCGAUUGGCAAGGCGAAAAUUAUGCGCCCGGGCAAGCACAUCACUAUUGUAGCACACUCAAAAUCCGUCGAAACUGCGCUCCAAGCAGCCAACGAACUGGCCGGUAAGGGAAUCGAAGCCGAAGUCAUCAACCUCCGAUCACUUCGCCCAUUGGACUCGGAAACGAUUUUCAAAUCCGUACAAAAAACUCAUCACCUCGUGACGGUCGAGCAGGGAUGGCCUCAGAGUGGCAUUGGUUCCGAAAUUUGUGCACGCAUUAUGGAGCACGAGACAUUCUUCCAUCUGGAUGCACCGAUAUGGCGUGUUACCGGUGUCGAUGUUCCAAUGCCUUACGCUAAGACACUAGAAGCCGCCGCCCUUCCUCAAGUACCUGAUGUUGUCACUGCCGUUAAUAAGGUGCUGGGUGUGAAGUAAAUCUCAGUCCCAUUCAAUCAAUAGCGUGUGCUUUGCGGGUUAGAAACAAAAA